CAUUUGAUAGAAUAUUGGCUCUAAUCCAAAUGCCAAAAGAAUGGCAGAUGUUGUUUCUUUCUAUAAGAAAUUACCAACUGGACCAGCACCAGGAUUCAAGAAACCAACCACUCCAUGGGGCAAAUAUAAAGCUGCCUAUUUCGAAGGUGAUAAUGCUUCUGGUAAACCAUUGAUUCAUUUAGCCAUUGCUGUUAUUCUUUUUGGUUACACUUGGGAAUACCAAUCCCAUUUGAAACAUCACAAAGAUCAUUAAAUGGUUGACUAAUGAUUUCAUGAAAUAACAAAUAUCCAAAAUAUAAUUUUGAAAUAAAAUAAAAAUAUUCUUUAACGAUCCGAUUAGAUUAAGGAAAAAAUGUCUAUUCCUUGAAGUUUAUAUUUCUCUUUUCAUCAUCCAGAUGAGGUUUCUAUUCAUUAAAAUAAACAUUACUUAAAUUAGA